CACAUGACAUGUGUUGAUGUAUCUAACCUAUUUAUUUGAAUAUUGAAUCUUCCAUAAAUUAUUCGAUCAAUCAAUCAAUCAUAAAAUAAAAUAAUUCGGAUCAAAGAUUUGAAAAAAAAAAUUAAUUAAAUAAAGAUGACUAUUAAAUUGUCAGCAAGCUCGCAAAAUCCUCCUCUGGGAGCGAUAAUUGUUGCCGAGUUGAUUUCAUCUAAAAACAGCAAAAAUAAAAUCAAUAUCGAUUAUCCAGAAUCGUGGAAAGCAGCCGCUAAUGUUCAGUUAUUGAUAAAUGAUCAAGUUGUCUGUGAUGAUGACUGUAAUAUCGGGCGUUAUUUAGCAAGAACUAUUGAUGAUAGUUUGUAUGGUGGAAGUGGAAUUUUAGAGAAGACUCAAGUUGACAGCUGGAUAUCUUACAGCAACGGUCCACUUAAAAAUCCAGCGUCUCUCUCCGCUUGUUUGGAUUAUUUGAAUAGAAAUUUGACCAAGAACUGGUUAGUUUCUGAUCAGAUAACGCUGGGUGACAUUUAUGUAUUUGCUACUUUGAUAUAUCAUAAUUAUAAACAAGACUCCCAGUACCCUGAGUUAAAUCGUUGGUUCAGUCGAGUGAGUUCUUCCAAAUACGCGUCAAAGGUUUUGAAUACUUUUAAUAAGUCUUCAGUUGCCACUAAAUCUCGGAAAGAUCCAUCAGAGUCACAUCAGAAACCAGCAAUGAGUAGGAAGCAAGAAGGAAAAUUUGUUGAAUUACCUGGAGCUGAAAUGGGAAAAGUUGUCGUACGUUUUCCUCCAGAAGCCAGUGGUUAUUUGCACAUCGGUCAUGCUAAAGCUGCUUUACUAAAUCAAUAUUACGCGGAAACAUUCAAAGGCACUUUGAUAAUGCGUUUUGAUGAUACGAAUCCUGCUAAAGAGACUGUGGAGUUCGAGCAAGAAAUUUUACAAGAUUUAAAACUGUUAGACAUAAAAGCAGAUCGUUUUACUCACACUUCAGAUUACUUUGAUCUCAUGUUGAAAUACUGCGAGCAACUUAUCCGUGAAGGCAAAGCCUUCGUUGAUGAUACUCCUGGAGAGAUAAUGAAAGAGCAGCGUGAGAAGAAAGAGCCGUCGAAAAAUCGUGACAAUCCAGUUGAUAAAAAUAUUAAACUGUGGGAAGAAAUGAAGAAAGGAAGUGAAAAAGGCCAGGCAUGUUGUGUCCGUGCCAAAAUUGACUACACGUCAGUCAACGGAUGCAUGAGAGACCCGACGAUUUAUCGUUGCAAGCCUGAAUCCCAUCCCCGGACAUUAAAUAAGUACAAAGUUUAUCCAACUUACGACUUUGCAUGUCCGAUUGUCGAUUCAAUUGAAGGUGUAACUCACACACUGAGAACAACUGAGUACACAGAUCGCGAUCCUCAAUUCUUCUGGUUCAUCGAAGCCCUGGGACUGAGACGCCCGCAUAUUUGGGCAUACUCCCGUUUGAAUAUGACCAAUACCGUUCUGUCAAAACGUAAAUUGACUUGGUUUGUUGACAAUGGUCUUGUUGAUGGCUGGGACGAUCCGAGAUUACCAACAGUGCGAGGAAUAUUACGUCAUGGACUAACAGUCGAGGGACUGAAACAGUUCAUUAUUGCUCAGGGUGGAUCUAGGUCAGUUGUCUUCAUGGAGUGGGACAAAAUAUGGGCAAUGAAUAAAAAAAUAAUUGACCCGAUCGCUUAUCGUUACACGGCACUGGACUCUGAUGACUUGGUACAAGUCAACGUUCUGGACGCUGCUGACAAUCAGUUCAUUGACGUCCAGAAUCACCCGAAGAACCCGGAAAUGGGAACUAGAAAAGUUUUGGUUGGCAAGAAGAUUUUUAUUGAACGAGUCGAUGCCGAGAUGCUAAAAGCUGGCGAGAAAGCGACUUUUAUCACCUGGGGCAACUUGAUGAUUGACAGUAUCAAGAAAUCAAAUGGAAAAAUACUGGAAAUUGAUGCUAGACUAAAGCUAGAUGACAAAGAUUACAAGAAUACUGUAAAACUUACUUGGCUCGCAGAAAAAGGUGAUAAAAAUGAUCAUAAAAAAGACGGUGAUUUAAUUCCCUGCAUUGCUGUUUACUUUGACCAUAUAAUCAGCAAAAAUGUCUUGGGAAAAGAUGAUGAUUUCAAAGACUUUAUUGCAAAAAAUACCAGAAAAGAAGUUAAAAUGUUUGGAGAAGCAGAGUUGAAGAAUGUGAAACAAGGAGAGAUAAUACAAUUGCAAAGGAAAGGAUUCUUCAGGUGUGACGUAACAUAUGCACCAAUGAGUGACUUUACAUCACGUGAGAGACCGCUGAUACUAUUCUACGUACCAGAUGGACACACCAACAGUUCUCCAAUUUCAGCGACAGCGUCUAAAGAAACUAGUAAUAAAGAGACCAGCAAAAGUAACAAAGCCAACGCGGGGUCGAGUACAGCCAAAUCUACACCAGCGGUUGAUGGAGCCUCUGUAUUGUCACAGAUUAAAAAUCAGGGAGACAAAAUUCGUGCGCUAAAAUCAUCGAAAGCUGAUAAGAAAGUAAUUGAAGAAGAAGUCAAAGCUUUGUUGAGUUUGAAAGCGGAGUUUAAAAAAGUAACUGGCGUCGAGUGGAAACCAGAUUUGAAUCCCGCUGACUUCCAAAGUUCUGCAGCAGCUGAACCAAGUGCUGAGUCGAUUAACCAGCAAAUAGUUGAUCAAGGAAACAAAGUCCGGGAGCUUAAAUCGGCCAAGGCUGACAAGGCUGCGAUUGAUGAGAGUGUUAAAGUUUUAUUGAGUUUGAAAGCUGAGUAUAAAGCAGCUACAGGCAAAGAUUGGAAGCCGGAGUCUACUCCUAAAGAUACGAAGGAGGUUAAGAAUAAAAAUUUACCAAAAAUGCAGGCCACUGAUGCUCGUAAUGCUGAUGAAUUGAAUAAGAAGAUUGUCGAACAAGGAAACAAAGUUCGAGAAUUGAAAUCAGCUAAAGCUGAUAAAGCGGCGAUUGAUGAAAGUGUCAAAAUUUUAUUGGGUUUGAAGGCGGAGUAUAAAGCAGCUACAGGUAAAGAUUGGAAACCAGAGUCAACUCCAAAUCCUAAAGACACCAAAGAAGCUAAAAAUACUCAGAACUUACCGAAGGUCCAGACAGGAGCUGGAGAUGCUGAUGAUUUGAGUAAACAGAUUGCGGAUCAAGGCAACAAAGUCCGCGAACUGAAGUCUGCUAAAGCUGAUAAAGCCACAGUUGAUGAAAAUGUUAAAGUUCUGUUGAAAUUAAAAGCUGAUUACAAAGCAGCUACCGGCGAAGAUUGGAAACCUCCAGCUUCAGCUGCUGAUGGCGACAAGAAAAAGAAAUCAAAAGCUCCUGAGCCGCCAAAAGCUUCCAAGCAGGCGCCUAAAGCAGCUAAAGAAGUCGACAGCACAAAAACAGGCACAAGGUUGGGUCUAGAAGCCAAAAAAUCUGAAAAUUUGCCUGAUUGGUAUUCCCAAGUUAUAACUAAGGGUGAAAUGAUCGAGUACUAUGACGUGUCAGGUUGUUACAUCCUCCGUCCGUGGAGUUAUUCAAUCUGGGACAAAAUAAAAGACUUUUUCGACACGGAAAUUAAAAAACUGGGUGUACAAAACUGUUACUUUCCUAUUUUUGUGAGCAAAGCUGUGUUGGAACGAGAGAAAACUCACAUUGCAGACUUCGCACCGGAAGUUGCAUGGGUCACCAAGUCAGGAGAUUCAGAUUUGGCUGAACCAAUCGCUAUUCGCCCGACAUCUGAAACCGUCAUGUACCCGGCUUACGCUAAAUGGAUCCAAUCUUAUCGGGACUUGCCGCUGAAAUUGAACCAGUGGAAUAACGUAGUCCGCUGGGAGUUCAAACAUCCGCAGCCAUUUUUGCGUACUCGUGAGUUCCUCUGGCAAGAAGGACACUCUGCAUUUUUAACAAAACCUGAAGCUGAUGAAGAAGUAUUAAUUAUUUUAGAUCUUUACCGCCGAAUUUACGAGGAAUAUCUUGCGAUCCCGGUAGUACGCGGUCGGAAAACUGAAAAAGAAAAAUUUGCAGGCGGUGAUUACACGACUACUGUCGAAGCUUUUGUAUCAGCGAGCGGACGUGCGAUUCAAGGAGGAACAAGUCAUCAUCUGGGUCAGAAUUUCUCGAAGAUGUUUGAUAUUAAAGUCGAGGGAGUUGUUGAAGGUGGGGAUAAAACUUUCGUGUACCAAAACUCAUGGGGAUUAACUACGAGAACAAUCGGUGUGAUGGUGAUGGUCCAUGGUGAUGACAAAGGACUCGUCUUACCUCCAAAUGUGGCUUCUGUACAAAUAAUUAUUAUCCCUUGCGGUAUUACGGCGACGACGACCGCUGAAGAACGCGCUAAUUUACUGGCUGAGUGUACAAAACUAGAGAAAAAACUUGCAGACGCGGGUCUUAGGGUCAAAGGAGACUACCGAGACAACUACAGUCCUGGCUGGAAGUUCAACCACUGGGAGCUCAAGGGAGUGCCAUUGAGAGUUGAACUAGGAUUCAAAGAUCUGGAGAAAUCCCAAGUGACGUUCGUGCGCAGAGACACUUUGGAAAAAUCUUUCGCAAAACAAGACCAGGUCUGUAAAUACGCCAGUGAUUUACUUAACACUGUUCAGAAGAGUAUGUUCGACAAAGCCAAGAAGGAAUUGGACGAUCAUAUAAAGUCUUGUCAGGAUUGGAACAGUUUCUGCAAGCACUUGGACCAGAAGAACUUGAUUCUCGCUCCGUUCUGCGGGAGAAUUGACUGCGAAGAUGAAAUUAAAAAAGACAGCGCGAGAGACGAAGCUGAAGAAGCCGGAGCUCCUUUGAUGGGCGCCAAGGGUCUUUGUAUUCCCUUCGACCAACCCAAAAACCAAGAUAUCAAAAAGUUGAAAUGCAUUCAUCCAAAAUGUGGACAAAGCGCUCAAUUCUGGACGCUCUUUGGCCGAAGUUAUUAAAAAAAAAAAGUUAUUUUUUUAUAAAAAUACUAAACAAAAAAAAUGAUUUCUUGGCGCAAAAAAAAAAAAAUUCUUAGUCGAGUAAAAACUUUUUGCGACAAUAAAUAUUUUUUUUUGUCAAAAUAUAGAUGAUAAAUUUUUAUAAAUUCAAUUUUGCAUUUACAUAUAAAAUUAGAACUUUUUUUUUCAUGACAUUAAUUUA